AAAAAUUCGCGCUUUUGUUUGUAAACAACAUUGGUGAAUUUCCCAUGAGACUGAUAGUCUCAGUGUUUGAGGGAAUUGAGCUGAUAAAAUCACAACUGAUUGACCUGAUGCUCAAUUACACAAUGGAGGAUAGAUCUCGUCACUCUGACGUUGUCAACUUUUAUACAAGACCUUGCACUACAGUUGACUAUAAUAGGAAAUUGUGUGCAAGACAAUUACUGCGAGACUUUAACCAGAUGUAUGAAUACGACAUCAAUUUGGUAUUGAAUUUUUUCCAUGGUCAGUAUGCAAAAACACAUCAAGCACUUUGCAAAAUAAUGGAGGAAUUCAAUAAGUUGGCUCCAUUUGAUGAAAAAUCUAAACAGAACAAGCCAUGCCUUAUAAGAGUCAAAGUUGAAAAUGAUCAAGGAGAGACAGAAAUGAUGGUAUUCAGUAGAAUGCCUGCUUUAAGAAACACAAAAGAGUUCAAACAUAUUCCUCAAUCUUUGCAAGAAGAAAUAGAUUUUGUUAAAAGAGAACAACAGAAGGAUUCCAACAUGGCAGUAGUUGAACAGAUUGAUGAAAACACUGUUGAGUGUUCAUGUUGUUUUGGUGGUUUUGACAUUGCCUUAAUGGCCCAGUGCACUGAUUGUCAUCUGAUUUGCAAGGAGUGCUUAAGCAUGUAUGUGAAAGAAAUGGUGUAUGGAUCAGGAAAAAUAAAUCUUGAGUGCUUAUCUUCUGAUUGUGGCAUGUCAUAUCCUAUAUCUGAGCUACAGCGAUGCCUUGACAAAACUUUAGUUGACAAAUUACAGGAAAGAGGAUUUAUGGAAGAUAUAAAGAUGGCAGGAGUUGACGAUCUAAUAAGUUGUCCUGGGUGCAAUUUUACUGCAACACUGUCACCAACAGUCAAGAUGUUUCUAUGUAGAAACUUAGAUUGCCAAAAGGCUAUAUGUCGUUAUUGUCAAGUAGACUGGAAUGACCAUGAGGGUUUAACAUGUAAUGAAGUGGAAACAAAAGAUGAAACAGCCUUAAGAAAAGAAUAUGAAGAAAAAAUGACUAAGGCAAAAGUGAGAACAUGCAAGGAUUGUAAAACUGAAUUUCUUAAGGAAGAUGGAUGCAACAAGCUUACAUGCAGAUGUGGAGUUAGAAUGUGCUAUAUAUGCAGAGAGUCAUCGAUAGACUAUACACAUUUUUGUGGUCACUUCAGAGAACCAGGCAGACCGUGCUCUAAAUGUAAAGCCUGUUCAUUAUGGACUAAUCCUGAGGAAGACGAUCAAAGAGCCAUAGAGGAAAUUAGGAAGGAAGCGGCUGAGAAACAAAAACAUUUAGGGUUGGAUGAAAAGAUAAUUGGUGUACCUCAUACACCCAAAAAAUAAUUGCCAAGAUAAUUUAGAAUCAAAAUGUUUAACUGAACAAUGAACAGGAAAAUUUAAAUAGGUCACAUUUUCUGUGUCAGACUGAAUCUAUUUUAACAUUAGUCAUAUCUAUUUAUGACCUGCAGGCACCAGUAUCAAGGAAUUAAAGGUCAUAAAAUAAAAUUUAACUUUUCUGGGCAGCAUCAUUGUCAGUGAUGGAGAUGUUUACCUCAAGGUGGCAUGCCAAAACAGGAAAGUGCUGUCUUGCAGAAACCACUGUCUAUUUAGGCCAAUGGAGAUGAGGCUGAAGGUGACUCAGCAGCAAUGAUUUAGAAGACACAUCCCUAUGAGAUAAACACUAGGACAAUACUACUAAUGAAGAAAUCCAUUGAUGAAUAGGCACCGCCUCUCUCUGUGACGGAAUGUCACAUACAUAUGAAAUUUUUUGGACAUAUAUUUUAAAACUCAAUGCAAACUGAAAACCACAUGACAAUGGACUCCAGGACAAGAAAUACUGAAGCAGGGCCAGUACUUAGAAACAACAAGGCGUCAUACCUCCAUCAGGUAUGAAAAUGCCAUUGCUAGUGACCUCAGUGGUGACACUUAGUCACCUGAUUCACUGCACUUGACUGAACAGCACUGGAGGAUCAACACAUCUGGAACUUAGCUGCCUUGUACUACUGGAUUAUAUAUAUAUAUUUAUAAAUUUGUAUAUCUAGGGGUGUCUACUAGAACUAGAUAUUUACAAACUAUGAAGAAAUUGAUGAAUGAUAUCAUAAUUAUAAGUAUUGAAGCUGGCCAUAAUGUCCCAUAAUAUUUCAAUUUUGAUCUCACUAUACUAUACAGUUUGCAAUCUAUAGAUACAUUUUAUUAAAGCAAACUUAUUUUCACAAAAUAGCAUAAUUAAUUAUUUCUUUUCGGAAAGCAACAAUUAUCACUAGAAUGAUAUGCAUUGGUGAUGUGAAACAGUGAAAAAGCUCAAUCCUAGAUCUAGAUAUCUAGUUCUAAGACAUCCUAAGUCUUUAUUAUACUUUAUAUGAUUUUUUUUAUAUCUACUUACGACUAGCUAGACUCUUCUAUUAUAAUAGAUCUAUGUUUUUUUAAUAAAAAGAUUAUAUAGAGGUUCUAUACAUCUUUUCUAGAGUAGAAUAUCUAGCAGAAACUUACAUUAAU